AUGGCCCAUCUCAACGGCAGCGGCCUGCACGUCCCACCUUAGCAAACCAUCUCAGUAACGGCCACUACCUGUAAGCUUCUUUCUUUUACUUCAACACGCUCCUCCUCGCAGCCACUCUUGACAGAGGCCCAUACGCUCGCUCAACAAAAUGGCAUCCAACCCCCUCAGCCCGCAGAAUGUCCUGCAGGGCAUGGCAGACGCACUGCCUACCCAUCAGAAGGACGACUCCACCUCAGACAUGAGCAGCUCUGUAGAGGCCAUUGCCCUCUUCACACAUUCCUGCAUGAUCAAGCUUGGCUUCCGCCUGCUAGGCUUCAACGAGGACCAGAAGAACGAGACCGAGUGCCAGGCACUGGCUCCACGCCUUCCAGCAAGAUGGAAUGCCUCUGUCUCUUCCUACUCCUUUCUCUACGCACACACCCAGUCCUCCAUGCAAUUUGUCAUCAGGGUAGACCGCAUGGGAGGCAAGGCUGAGAUCCGCGGGCUUGCCGUGGGCGACGAGCGCAUCGUGCGGGUCGAGGUCACCCCAAGAGACUAUGUCUCCAGCUCUGCGCUUCCGCUGCGCAUCAACGUCGACGCCGAUGGUAACGAGGACCGCACUGACCUCACGUCAAAACUGCAAGGCGUCUUCAUCUCGCCCGAGCGGCUGGCCGACCUAGCAACCCUCCUCAAGAUCAACAUCAUCCAGAAGCUCAUCCCAGGUCUCCAAAAGGAGGGUUACGAGGACUCGAGCCCGGACGACAGGGCAGCCCGGCAAGACGCGGACAGGCAGGGGCGGGAGGGCCCAAGCAACCCGCGCCCACAGCCGCCCCAGCUGCCGGAGCCCGCACGUCCGUACCCCUUCGAUGAUCCCCUCGCGGCACCACCACGGCGGCCUAUUCCAGCCGGGGAGUUUGCCCCUCCCGACUUUGAGGACGAGUUCGAGAUCAACAGGCCACCACGCGGACCGCUGCGUAUGCCCGGCGACGGACGCUCGCCCUUCAACAUCGGCCACGAUGACCUUCACCCUCCCGGGCUGGGGCCGUACGACCCACUGAGGGGUUCCUUUGUGCCCGGCGGAGGCCUGCCGAGACCAGGCGGCAUGGGCGGCGGCAUGCACCCUACCUUUGACGAUCCUCUGUUUCAAGGGCCAGGUGGCAGCGGACAGGGAGGCUACGACCCACAAGCACCGCCCGGGGCGAGAUGGGAUCCUCUGGGACCCGGCGGCGCAGGGCCAAGGUUCGGAGGCGGACGACCCGGGGGCGGAAGUGGUUUUGGAGGCGGUGGCAAUCCCUUUGGCGGAGACAUAAUCUGAGAAGGGACUCUUGAAGCCCGGAGUAACUGUCCGUUUUCAUAUAGUUAUCCCCGAGACUGUCACCAGCAAUAUUGGACGAGGAUAGUUUUCAAAAUCACCAUGAUUACA